UUUUUGUAGGGCUUUUUUUUUCUUUUUUUUUUUUUUUUUGGUGGCGUGGAGGUGAAUGGAAGCGGCUGUGGAGGUUGCUUUGCCUGUAUCGGUGGAUUCGAAGAGGCUCGUGGGAUCGGCCGAGGGUUUUGGAGGCGACGGUGGCUUAGUGGAUGAGGUACGGUGGCAGGCAGACGGCGCAUGCAGCUCCGGAGGUAAAAAUGAUAAUAUUCAUGCUGUCAACGUCUCAGCACCAGCAUUCUGGCGGAAUAUUGCUGAUCGUGAAGUUUGCAAGGAUAUCUGUCAUCCUUCCAGCUCGCACAAUGAUGAAGUUGUGAAGGAUUGUGGUUUUGGGAACUUAAAAUCCCAGCCGCUGAUACUAGAAGUAGAUGCUAAACCUCCACUGCCAAAAUCUGGUAAAAUAACAAGGAAAAAUAUUGGGUGCAAUAAGAGAUCAGGAAUGAUAACCAUGGAUGUUUCGAAGCCUAAACCUGGACCGUGUGAUGUAAAAAAUGGAACAUUUCCUGAUCUUGCUUCAUCAUCUGCAAGCUGCAAUGUUUCAGAAAAAAAUCAACUGGUCAAGCAAAAGAUCAGCUCCGCUAGCAGGCGUGGGGAUAGAAGAAAUAGUAAAGCUAAUUGCAAGAGUAGAGCUGAUUUAUUCUCCCUGAAGAAUGGAAUGGUUGGGUUUAAUCCAGCUGGUGGAGGAAAUAACUUUAUUGGACUAGGCGGUUUAAAAUCUGAUGUCUUUGACAUAACAAAGUAUGUUGACGAGCCGUCUUUGGAUAAGCUGCUACGUGGAAGCUAUAGUUGUCCCCUCAUCAAUGACAAAGAAAAAACUGCCUCAAAUUCAAAAAGUAACCUUUUGGAAACAGUUCGAAAUGCAUGCUCCAUUCUUCGAGCUCGAAAGGUCUCGCAGGAACAAAAUUCUGCCGAGGUUGAUGACAAUCUUGUCCAGAAGGAUUCAGCCAGCUUGGAUGCUGUUAUUUCUGCAGUAGGCCAAACUGAUGGCGGCAAAGGAGUCAAUUCCGCCGUAGAAAAGGUUCAGGAACCUGAUGACAAGACCAAAACCUCAGACACUGUUGAUACCCCACUAUAUAAACCCAGAGAUAUCUUGGCACGCCUGGCACUCCCAACGCCCAUGGAUUUGGACAUGUUGCUCUCUGAUGCAAGCAAAACCAUUUCAACAUCCAAAAAUAAUAAUGAUGCUCGUCUGGGCAAACCAGUUUCCCACCAAACGGGCCUGCCGCCUUUUCCUUGGUCCCAUGCUUUUUCGGGACAUAAUAAUAAGUUGAGUUCUGAUGCUGUUAAGUUGUCCGCAAGCCGCAUGAUAUGCCAAGGUCGAUGGGUAAGAGUUAAAAAUUGCACGGCUCUGCAGAAAGGUUGUGGGGAUUUACUGAAGAACUUUGAGUCACUGACAUUUGACCAAACUUUGGUUCCUACAGUAUCUGAACGCCCAGAAAAUGAAGCUGCUCCUAUUGAUGGGGUGUUUUCUGCUUCUGGUGCUUCCUCUCAUCCAAAGACUCCUACAGACGAGUAUUCUACUGAUGACGCUGCUCAAACACUCCUAGACAUGGCUGAUUACUCGAAGAAAAACCCCUUUGCAGCCGUUAACCUGCUGAGGAAACCUUCUCAGAUGGCCAUGAAGGCCAGCAAGUCCAAAUCAACCGAGAAGCCCGAAAAUUCUUUCCAAUCACUAAAACCGACAAUAAGACCACACAACCCCUUAAAAGCCCACUUUGAUGGAUUUUCUUCAAAGAAGCCCAAGUUAUCCACUGACUUAACUAACAGACCCUACAUCACUCAUGCCGAGUCCUCGAGGCUCGUGUCAGUCAAAUCGCCGCCUGGGAAGCUCCUUAGGGACAUGAUUGCAAAUACGGAUAGUUGUGGUACUAAUCUUGCAAAGAAAUCACACAUGUUGAAAACACCAAGGGGCGCGGACAGGCAAUCUGGUGGCAGUAAGCCUAAAUUGUGGAAGUCACCCUAUUGAGGUAAAAAAAAAAUUAAAAUAAAAUAAAGAAGGAUUGGAAUCAUUUGUUACAAACAUGUAUUCAAGGCACCGUUUUCUUUGCUCGUUAGCUUGUUUAGUUGAUUGAUUGUGUUGGUGCCGAGAUUGUGUAUGAGAAAAAUUGUUUAGGUUCUGUAUAUAUUUAUUACGUCACAUGUAAAAGCGAUGUUCGUGUAAUACUUUGCGUUGGGCUCAGGUUCGAUGCUGUAUCAAUAGUUUGUGCUGGUUCGGGAGGCCGGUGUUGAAUGUGCAUCUGGAUCUUCUUCUUCUUCUUCUUCUU